UGCCACAAACACACUGAAAACAGAUGAGGGCCAAAUGUCUUUCAGAUGGGUUUUCUGAGUUGGACACAGUUCAACCUCUACUGCACAAAGAAAAACCUAUGAGGCAAACCAGUCAGGCCGUAAAACAGCUUUUGGAACGGCCACUGUGAAGUAUGUCUGCGGGAAACGUAGAGACUCCGCGAGACUCUACAUGUCAAAGUGGGACUGUUGUUUUUUUCUCAAACCCUUUGAUGAGUGAUGUUCAAUCAGACUGGUCUCCAGUUCAUGAUGCUGCCUUUAAUGGCCGUUUCCUCUCUCUGCAAAGACUCAUUGCUCAGGGUACAUGCGUCAAUCUGAGCACUCUGGACCUGGUUUCUCCCCUACAUGGAGCAUGUAUGCAAGGCAACUUGGCUUGUGCCAAGCUUCUGAUGGAAAAUGGGGCAAAUGUAAACAGUUCAACAGUGGAUGGACAAACUGCCCUGUCAGAAGCGUGUGCCCGGGGCCAUGUGACCUGCGUAUCACUGCUCCUUCAACAUGGAGCGACUCCCUCAGGGACCAGCCAGUCCAGCUCUCCAAUCCAUAGGGCUGCAGCAAAAGGUCACCCAGAGUGCAUUGAGCCUCUCGUUCAGUAUGGCGCAGACGUGGAUCAGUAUAUCGACCAAUCAGGUUUCCCUCUCCACGUUGCCUGCUCCAAUCAGCAUCUGACUACUGUGAAGAAACUGCUUCAGCUUGGUGCUAGUGUGAACAACAGUGUGUCUGGUGACUCCCCGCUGCACAUCGCUGCUCGUCUGUCCAGCCCUGAGUUGGUGUCUGUCCUGCUUGACCACGGGGCCGACCACUCCCUCAGGAACUCGGAGGGCAAACAGCCACUGGACCUGGCACCUCGCAACAGUCUGGUGGAGAGGCUGUUGAGACAAGCAGGAGGAGUGUCUCCUCUAACGCAGCUGUGUCGGCUGCGCAUCAGGAAAACUGUGGGCAAGCAGAGGCUGGGUGGGAUUCACGACCUUCACCUUCCCAGAGAAGUGAAACAGUAUCUUCUCUACCAAUCAGACCCAGGGGGAGAUAAUGCACUGAGUAACUCAACUCUCCAUUGAUUCUGAGCAAUUCACUUCUAGGCCAGCAGGGGGAGUACUUGCUAUAUAAUUGCUCACGGUUGUGGUAGUAAUUAACUGUAAUUCUUUCUGUGUGGCAGACCUCUGUAAACAAACUGAACAAGAUCAAUCUGGACUUUUAUGUGGAAACUUUAAAGUCUUGGAGCAAGUUUUUAUCAUUAAAUAUUUAUAACAUAUACAUAUUUAAAAUGAGAAUAUGGGCUCAUACGGUCUAAUAAAUGUUGCAAAAUUAAUGUUUAAUAAAGUUUCAUAUGCUGAAACUACAUUCAGCUAAUAUUGUAGUUUUUGUUACUUUUGUUUCCAGCUGUUUUUAAUGCUGCUGUAUUGGGAUUCUUUCUUUUAGACCUACAACACAUAAAACUCAUAUGAAAUCUUCUUUAUGUUCUGUACAGAAAUCUUGGAAAUAAUUUAGUGUCUUUAAUCCUUGCAGGGCAUGUAGUAACAUUUUACAAGAGCUAAAAUUCAAAAAAUACAUUUGUAGAUAAAUUGACAACACAGACAAGUCAUGUCCAGUUCAGUCAUUACCAAAGUGUCUACAUUGUCGAAGCUGAACACAUCAGUGGUUAAGUUAUCAUGACAUGAUCAAUGACACGAAUGUAAUUUUUAUACUGUAAUUAUCAUGACUAAAAAAAUAAAAAUGAAUAUUAAUUCAUAUUAAAGAUAUCA